AAAUAAUGCUGAUAACCUGGGGUAUCACAUCACAGUGAUAAAAGCUGAUGAUCUGAAAAUGGAGAACCCAGAGGAUUCUGAUAAAAUCACAGAUGAUCCUGAUGAAAACGUUCUAGAGGAUUCUGAAAAAAGCACAGAUGAUCCUGACGAAAACAUGGAUGAUUUUGAUGAAAUUAUGGCAUACAAAGAAAUGCAGCAUAAAUUGGACAUGUUUUCAUGUGAAUUUCCCAGGGCAAAACUGGAACUAGAAAAGUAUAUCAAAGACCUUUAUAGCAUGGCAGACAAAAUUGAUGAGAUCCACAAGGACUGUACGAUUACCAAUGUAGUGGCCAGUUCCACUGGGGUGGUCUCUGGCGUCCUGACUAUUAUUGGGAUUGCACUAGCACCUAUAACUGCAGGAGGGAGCUUGGCCCUCUCUAUAACUGGGUUAGGUUUGGGAGCAGCAGCCACUGUCACUGGUGUUUCUGCAGGCAUCAUUGAUCAUGUGAGUGACUUAAAAGGGAGGAAGCUUUUAAGUGACGUUGAGGGAAAUACAAAUGCUAAUAUCCCCGAGGAAGUUCUGUCAAAGGAGGCGCCUAAACUCUUUUCUAGAUUGAAGAAAUAUAGUCAAAUCGUCAGAGACCUUGAAAAUCACUACAAUGCGUUCCAGGCAGCCAAUACCAAUCCACGUUUGAUGGAAGCUUCCCGCAAGCUUAUGACAGGUGCACGAGUCUCCAGCAAAAACAGGGGGCAAAUCAAUAAGGCUUUUCGGGGCACAACAUUGGCCAUGACCAAACAAGCUAGGAUAAUGAGUGCAACAUUGGCUGGAGUUUCUCUUCUAAUAGAUACAGUCAACCUUGUGAAUGAUUCAGUUCAUUUGUCAAAUGGGGCAAAGGCUAUAACAGCAGUGAAACUGAGGGAGCACGCUCAGGAACUGGAAAAGAAACUCCAGGAACUUUCCAACCACUUUGAGAAACUGCAGAUAAUGAAGAUUCAAUAGACAACCCCCGAGUAAUGGGCCAGGGCAGGCUAUGGUCAAUGGAUGGGGGUGACUCAGAAGGAGAAUAAAGGGGACUCUACUCUAGGUUCAAGUGUUGGGGAGUCAGGUCAUUGAAAAAAAGAAAAUCCAACAUACACAAACUAUUCAAAACAACCCUUUUUGUAGUAGCCAAGAAUUAGAAACAGAAAACAUGCCAAUCUAUGGGAAAAUGGUUAAAUAAAUUGGGGCAUAUGAAUGUAAUGAAAUAUUAUUGUGAAAUAGUAUAGUGCCUGGAAAAUGAUUGAGGCCUAUGAAAUUUUUGUUAACUAUAAAAGAUGACUAAUAUGAUGAAUAUAGAGAAACAUGGAAAGACUUACAUGAACUGAUACAGAAUGAAAACAG